AAAUUUUGAGAAAUAUCAGUAUGGCGGAAGAAAGUCCAGGGUAAUAUUUUCUCAAAAUUUGAAGAAAUUGCAAUAUCGGUAGUUCAUCAGGAUGACACAUCAACUUCAGUUAGAGAAGAAAAACUACAGACAGUGGGUAAAGGCUGGUUUAGGACUUGGGUAUUUAAAGGAGGGACUGGUACCAUUCUGUAAUGACAUAGCUGACCAACAACAUAAGGAUAUCUUACAGAACAUAAGGUCUACAAAAUCAUUACCAUCAACUGUGACAUGUGGCAGCUGUCAAGUUGAUACUCUCAAGCCAGACCAUAAGCCAGCAGGGACUGCUGGAAACAAAGUUUGUCCUCUUGGGCAAGUAAGAUGCAGCUGUUGCUUUACUAAGGGCAAAACUGCUUGUCCGAACAACAUAUGUGGCGCCAUCUAUGACUUUAUUGUGAAACAUCAUGCAUCUUCACCACCUGCACCUUACUGGAAAAACAGCGAUGCUCAACAGUGGUCAACAGACCCUUGGAGCAUUUGUCAGUGUUUUAUAAAUGCUCCAGGGUACAAGCAGAAGCAAUCUGCUAGUGAAACUGAUUGUACUGGGUUAUUACACCUAUUGAUAAAUAACCAGUAUUUUCAUAGCCACAUUGCAUGCAAUGUCACUGGAACAAACAACCUGUUUUCAAAGGUGCGUCAGUAUAGGAAUGAUAUUUUUCACUCAAGUAGUAUGGAAUUAAAAGAAAGUGAGGCAAAUACUUAUAUUGACGAUAUGAUUAAAGUUUUACAAGAUGGUAAGGAGCUAUUCCAACGAUCAGAUGCCCAGAUAGCGGUGAAGAAACUUGAAGAUCUGAAGGAGAAAGACUUCAUUAUAACUACUGAAGGGUUUGAAGAAAUUCUGAAACAAAUCAAGGAAGAAAUGGAAAAUGCUCCAACUAAAGAGGAAUAUGAGGAGCUCAAAAAUAAACUUGAAACACAGAUGUCCAAACUGAAAGAGGAGAUGAAAAGACUCAAAGAAGAAGAUUCUCCUCUACAAAAACAGCUAGAAUAUGAAAGGGCUAAAUCAGAAUGGCGGAAAAAGCUGAUAGAAGAGUAUCACAAAACCCUGCUGCAGGUUCCAACAAUACCUUUACAACCAAAAAGUGAAAAAUGUAGCUUUAAUGAGAUUUAUAUUAGACCCAAAAUUAUGAGGGAAAUAAAAGGAGAAAAGGAAGAGAUAAAGGAAGUAAAGGUUAAAACAAUGUCUGAAAUGUUCACAAAGAAUGGAUUCCCCCAAAAAUCUGUAUAUGUUCUAGGAGAUGCAGGGUCAGGAAAAACUAGUUUUUGUAAAUAUCUGGUCAACUGUUGGUGUUUGGCACAAAGUGAGCAACAUGAAGCUGACAGUGAAAAUGAGAUGCAUGGGGGUGGAAAUGAAAAACAUGGAGGUGACAAUGAAGAACAUGGAGGUGAUAAUGAAGAACAUGUAGGUGAUAAUGAAGAACAUGGAGGUGAUAAUGAAGAACAUGGAGGUGACAAUGAAGAACAUGUAGGCGAUAAUGAAAAUGAUGACAAUGAAAAUGAAGGUGACAAUAAAAAUGAGGAGCAUGAGGGUGGAAAUGAAAAACAUACAGGUGAUAAUGAAGAACAUGGAGAUGAUAAAAAGAAACAUGAAAAUGACAAAGAAAGUGAAGAUAGCAGUGGGAAGUAUGGAAAUGACGGUAAAAGUGAAGGUUGCAAUGACAAGCAUGGAGGUGAUAAUGAAGAACAUGAAAAACAAGGAGAUGGCAAUGAAAAUGAAGGUGGCGAUGAGAAACAUAAAGAACAUGAAAGUGACAUUAUAAAUGAAAAGGUAAACGAGAAACAUGGAGGAGAUAUUGAAAAUGAAAAACACAUGGGUAACAUUAAGAAACACGGAGGUGACCGUGAUGACAUUCAGGAUGAAAGUGAUGACAUAACAAACUCUAAAUUCAACAGUGAUGACUAUGAAUAUGACAGCAAAAGUUAUGAACUUAAAUUCAAUGGUGUAAAAGAGAUGAAAAGAUUUAAUUUUUUAUUUUACAUACCUCUUAGACAGUAUCAAAGAAUUGAUUCUAUUGAUGAAAUGCUUCAAAAACGUUAUCAAAUGAAAAUGUUAAACACACUUCUUGAAGAAGAAUCCUCUAGAGUUAUGAUUUUGCUUGAUGGCUUAGAUGAAUGGUCAUCUGAAAAUGUCCCAGAACAUAGCAUCUUUAAAGAAUACACAAUAGUUACUACUUCACGGCCAUGGAAAUUUCAUACAUUAAGAUUGAGUGAUGUGGAGGUUGAACAGUCACUGAAACUGAAAGGGUUUGAUUUUAAAUGUGAAAGGGAAAUGGUAUGUAGGACAGUCUCACAAUUAAAUGUUAGAAGACAUGCUAAUAAAGAAGCUAGAGAUUGUAGGGAAAAGCUCAAAGAAGAGUCUCUGAAAAGUUUUAAACAGGUACCAAUUAUGCUGCAACAACUGAUAUGUCUAUGGUUUGAUGGUAAACUCGAUAAAACCUCAAGAUGUGCCAUCUACACUGGUAUGUUAGAAUUAUUCUUCACCUGGAAUGACAUGAAAACUACAGGAACAAGUACUGGCCUAAUGAAGGGUACCCAGAAAGUAAACCUCCCUCAAUAUUUAGCAGAUAAAACCAAAUUAAGAUUAAACAGACAUUUAAUUCAUGAAGUGUCACAGUUGGCUUUUGAGACACUAUUUAAUUGUCCUAAGAAUAAGUCCUUGUCAUUUGACAUUUGUAUGUUUGAUGAACUAGAAAUAUCAGAUGAAGUAAGAGAAAAUUGCUUGAAACUUGGAAUAAUUACAGAAGAUGAAUGUCCAAGUUUGUCUGUAUCAGAACCACCAAGCUCAUUGUUCUCUUUUAUUCACAAGUCAAUGCAAGAAUUUCUGGCUGCAGUCUACAUUGGUAUUAAUUUUAAUACAAAUAUUGGUUCAUCAGGUAGUACAGGAUAUGUUGAAUUAACCAAAAAGUUUAUUAAUGAGGUUUUUCAGAAAUGUUCAACAGUAAAUGACAUAUUAGAGCAGUCAAAUGUUGUCAUUAUGCUAUGUGGUCUAGAACCUAGAUUAGCAACACCUGUUUCAAAAUACAUAUAUGAUACUGUGUCAGAAGACUCUCGUGUUCAGGAAUACAGGAGAACAAUAAGUAGUGACUUUUAUAUGGUUGAUAGUUGUAUUACUGAUAUUCAAAAGCUUAUUAUUGAGUUAAUAGAAGAAUCAAAUGCACCAUGUAGUGAAGGAAGUAAUCCUGUGUUUUAUAUAGGAGAUUUGACCAUUGAUGAAUUCAAUCAGUAUUGUGAUAUUGUUUGUUCAAGCAUUGAUCAGCAUCAAAUUGUUUCUGACUCUGUUCUGUCUAUUAAUGUGAAAUACUUGAACACAAAAAAUGUUAAAUUUACAAAAUAUUUACCAUUUUUUUAUCAUCUCGAAAAAAUUGCAAUAACAUUAGAAAGUUUAUCAAGUACACAAAGUGAUGAUGGUACACAGAGUAAUGAACAGACAAUUGAUGAGAUUAACAAUUGUGUUUCUGAGACAAUAAAAGUAAAUACUUUAACAUUAAAAUCUUUGUCUCUUGAAAAUGUUCCAAACACUGACAUAUAUUACCCAGUGUGUAAAACAGUUGUUAGCAACCUGCCUAGUAUGGUCAAUCUUUUAGCAAUAUUGAUGCAUUCAAUAAAAAUGAGCCAUAAUGAUAUUACUACAUUCUGUAAUUUUCUUGAGGGAACCAGACAUCUUGAACAAAUAGAUGUUUUCAAUGUUUUAUGUAUAUGUAGGGACCAGCAUGAUGUAAAUUUAUCAAAACAUCAACAACUUCAUUACCUUGAUUUGUAUGAUACUGUUAGAGUGAUAGAUGUUGAUACUACAAACCUUGAAAUAUUUAGAUUUAGUGAGUUAAAAGAUAAUUAUGAGCAAAUAUUUGAUAUCAUUAAACAAUCUUACAAAUUAAAAAAACUUAUUUUGAAAGGAGAUAUGCACUUUAAAUCUCAAUUAUAUCAUGCCAAUAUAACAGAGAGACUAGUCAGAGUAUUACCAUUGUUACACAAUCUCAGUAAGCUUGAGUUAGGAUAUUGUAGGUUUACUGACAAUAUAAUACAGUUACCUUUAGAGAUGAAGAGUUUAAAGGACAUUAGGCUUGGUGAUGUAAUAAUGAGUUUGACAACAUGGCAGAAGUUUGUUGAUAGUCUUCCUAGUAUUCCUCAUACUGUAGAUGUGAGUGUAUUUGAAGUAUAUAUAACAGGAGAUGGUGAAGAGUGUAAUGCUGGUAUGUUUAUAUUGACAUUACAAGGACUUAAAGGAGGGAAGAGAAAUGAUGCUAUACAGCAUGUAAUAAAUCAUCAUCAGUUAUUUCAUGUUAAAAGUGAUGACAGAUAUUUCUUUUAUUUUUCAACGAAAAGGUGAUAUACAUGUAAUAUACAUGUAAAGCAUGAUGAUUACUUUUGUUUGAAUUUUCACCAAAAAUGUGAAAAAGUAUACAUGUAGUUAACUUAGUGUUUAAAAUACAUUAGUCCAUAUUAAUAGUGAUGAUAAAUGUGUUGGUGUUGUUUUUUUCAUUUUCUACAAAAAUAUGGUUUGAAUUUUUAACAUAGUGAUAUAGGAUACUUGCAGUUAACAUAGUGUUUAAACUGAAUUAUGUUAUGUUAAAAUGACAUAAAUUUGUUUCUAAAAUGAUACUUAUGACAAGUUAAAUAUUGACAUAUUGUUGUACAGUUAAAGAAUGAAUAUUAUCACAUAAACCGCGACGCAGGAGUGUAAUCAAGCCAUUUAAUAAAACAAUAUUACACUUGUGUAAUAACACUUUGAUGUGACGUCAUACGCGCUAUAUAGAAACAUACCAUAAAAACGAGUGUUACAGUAUGGGCGCAUCAUUGAAAAAUUACUCAGUUUACUGUUCUUAAUUUAUAUAUGUGAUAAAUAGAAUAUUAUAUUCAUGUAGAUUCAAUACUAGAUUUAUUGAACUCGUUGAAUAAAACAAUAUUAUACAAUAUGAUUUUAUUCAACUCAUUCAAUAAACUUAGUAAUAAACUACACUCAUUCAAUAUCCUCUAUUUAUACAUUAUGAUAGAAUAUAUAUCAUGUGAAAUAUUUUGUUGUUUAAUAUUGAUUUCUUGUCAUUUUAACAAAAUGUAUUUAUAAUAUUGAAAUUGAAGAAAGUAAUAUGCCAAUUGUGUUUAUAAAUAUAUAAAUAAAUUGAAAGAAAUGCAGUGAAAUAUAAUACAUAUAAUUAUUGACCUUAGUAAGGGUAAAGGUUAUUUCUUAAAGAUCAGGGAUAGUUUUAAAAAAAAAACUGAUUUGAAAAAAGUAAUGUUCUAAUUAUAAAUAGAAAAUAGAUUUGUAAAUAAACAAGUACAUAUAUAAAUUAAUAAGUAAAUUUCAUGAAAAUAUCAUAAAACAAAUGUUUCAUGUACAAGGUCAGAAAAAGUAAAAAAAUGUAACAUGCAAAUACAAGUUAUUUGAUAUAUAAGACAAGGGAAUAGUAUAUAUAAAUACCAGUUUUAUGAUAUACAUGACAUGAAAAUGGUAUAAAAAGUACCAGUUAUAUGAUAUAUUGGACAAGGGAUUGGUAUUUAAAUGAAUACCGGUUAUAUGAUAUAAAGGACAAAAAAUGGUAUAUAUAAAUACCAAUUAUAUGACAAGGGAGUGGUAUAUAUGAGUAUCAGUUAUAUGAUAUACAGGACAUUUGAAUGGUAUAUAUGAAUACCAGUUUUAUAAAAUAUAAGAUAGGGGAAUAGUUUAUAUAAAUUACAGUGAUUUUAUGCAUACCAGUUAAUAUAUGAUAUAUUUGACAAGGGAAUGGUAUAUGUUAAUACCAGGUAUAUGGAUGCAAAAGUGAAUGUUCUGUAAAAAUACUAGUUAUAUGAAUGUAGAAGUGAAUAUUCUGUAAAAAUACUAGUAAUAUGAAUGUAAAAGUGAAUGUUCUGUAAAAAUACUAGUUAUAUGAAUGUAGAAGUUAAUAUUCUGUAAAAAUACUAGUUAUAUGAAUGUAAAAGUGAAUGUUCUGUAAAAAUACCAUUUAUAUGAUAUAUAUGACAAGGAUAUGGUAUAUAUAAAUACCAGUGAUAUGAUAUAUAGGACAGGGGAACAGUAUAUUUUAUUACCAUUGAUAUGAUAUAUACUAAUUUUGAUUAUAUGACAUAUAUAAUAAGUAAAUGGUAUAUAUAUUUUUUCAAUAAGAUGAGAAAUGUUUACUUGUUUUAUUUUAGUGAUUCCUUUAUGAUUUGUUUUACGUUGUAAAUAUGGAAAAAAAUAUAUUUUCUAAUAAUAAUGCAAAACUAUUGAUGUGUACAAGUUUAUUCAGUUAGUUAGUGUAACUCAGAUUAGUGAAAGGGACUCCACUGAGAAUUUUUUGACAAGAUAUGAUGGGAAUUCUAUUUUCAAGGUUUCAUACUAUUUGAUAAAAAUCUAUUUCAAUAACUUUUGUGCAAAAUUUCAGAUCAUUUGCUCACGUUGCUUAUCUAAAAUACUAGUAAUCAUUUAAGCUGGACUACUUAAAGAAUAGGGAGAGCUUUAAUUUAGUAACACAAGACUUAGUGUAUAAUUGGCAUCACACUGGUUGAAUUUCUGCAUGCAAGUUAGUAUCUAAAAUUACUGAAGUGAAGGAAAUGGGUUGAGAUGCUUGUUUUAUGCGGUCAUCUAACAUGAUGAACACAACUCAUGUAACUCUGAUUUGCCUUAUUGCAUAUUUAUGCGCCCUUUUCGACCUUGAAAUUCAUGGUUAAGUUUUUGCAUGUAAGCUGGUAUCUCCAUAACUACAGAUGGGGAUGGAUUGGAACUUUAGGCACAUAUUUGAAUGCAUAAUAGGUCACUGUUCAAUGAACAUUAGUAAGACAUGGAUUUUGACAGAAUUAUUGCCCUUUAAUCUUCAUUAGAUGAUAGAUCUUAUUAAAAAGAAAUGCAGUGCUUAAGAACUAGUUAUCUGCACUUCUUAUCUUUUGAGUUAUUGCCCUUUGUUAAUUCACAUAUUCACAGAUCAUUUCUCCUAAACUAUAAAAGCUAUUGACUUAAAACUUCAUAGGUUUAUAGAUAUAUUGAGAAGAAGUGCAUUGCACAAGAACCGGUACUCUGUACUCAAUGGUUUUUGAGUUAUUGCCCUUUGUUAAUUUUCAUACUUAAUAGGCUUGUCCAGAGCAUAACUUGGUCUUUUUAAGUUUGAUUGACACCAAAUUUAGUAUGUAAGACCUUUUCCACUGACCUGCAGUGCAUUGCCUAAGAGUCCAUCACAGAGUCCUCCAUUUGAUCUUUUCCAUGGUACUGUACAUGUAUUUGAAUUCACGGAAACAAAUUUUUAUUUUAGUGGAAAGGUCAAUUUUUGGCCUAUACAAAUAUUGGUGCUAUUUUUGUGUCGCCUCUACAGAGUAGUGGCGACAUAUAGGGAUCACUUCUCCGUCGUCUGUCUGUCCGUCUGUCUGUCUGUCCGUCCGUCCGUCACAAAACUUGUCCGGACUGCUGCUCAUAAACUACUGGUGCAAUUUCAUCCAAACUUUACAGGCAUGAUCAGUACCAAGUCUAGUUGUGCAUAUUGUCAGCAUUUUCCGGUUCAAUGAUUUUUGUCAGAGUUAUGGCCCUUUAAUAAUUUUUAAUUUUAAAGUUUGUCCGGACUACUUCUCUUAUACCACUAAUGCAAUUUCAAUGAAACUUUACAGGAUUGAUCUGUAGCUCAAGUCCUUGCGCAUAUUGCACGGGAUUUCCGGUUGAAUGAUUUUUGGCCGAGUUAUGGCCCUUUGACAAAAAGGUGAUUUUUUCUGGGUGUUGCCAGAUACACAAAAGCUUGUCCGGAAUACUGCUCAUAAACUACUGGUGCAAUUUCAUCCAAACUUUACAGGAAUGAUCAGUACCAAGUCUAGUUGUGCAUAUUGUCAGCUUUUUCCGGUUCAAUGAUUUUUGUCAGAGUUAUGGCCCUUUAAUAAUUUUUAAUUUUAAAGUUUGUCCGGACUACUUCUCUAAUACCACUAAUGCAAUUUCAAUUAAACUUUACAGGAUUGAUCUGUAGCUCAAGUCCUUGCACAUAUUGCAUGUGUUUUCCGGUUGAAUGAUUUUUGGCCGAGUUAUGGCCCUUUGAUAAAAAGGUGUUUUUUUCUUUGUGUUGCCAGAUACGCAAAAGCUUGUCCGGACUACUCCUCAUAAACUACUGCAAUUUUAUCCAAACUUUACAGGAAUGAUCAGUACCAAGUCUAGUUGUGCACUGUCCGUCUGUCUGUCCGUCUGUCACAAAAUUUGUCCCAACAUGAAAUUGGCCAUCAUGAGGUGACACAUGUGAUUACUGAUCGCUCUUGUGAAUAAAAUACCCUCUUUCAACCGAUAACCAUGUAUUAUGAACUUAGUUAUUAUCAUAACAAAGUUUAAAUAUUCAUUAAAGAAGUCUAGAUUUACAUUAGAACUGAUUACAAUAUUUGAGUAAAAACGAUCAUGUACAUGUGUUAUUUAUUGGUUAAUUAAACUUGUUGUCACAAUUUU